UCGCUGCCGCGUUUCGCUGUGAGUGGCUAUGAGAUAUUAGAAACGCUGCCCUCGGAGUUUGUUUAAUUUGAGCAGGCGUUAAUCCUGCGUUGGUCAAAGCUCAAGCAACCGCAAAAGCAAGGGAUCGCCGCCGGCCAAGGACACCGAUCAAGGGACUGUCGUGAUGUGGCCGCAAACGCUGGAAAUGUCGCGGGACGAGUGCCGAGGCAUGCUGCGUCGACUUGAACUCGAGUCCUAUUCGCAUGUGGUGAGUUUUCGCGCCCAAGGAGCCCUGAGUGAAACCAAGUCUAAAUUGCUGGAGGAGCUGCGCCAGCAGUUCCAUAUCAACCAGGAGCGCCAUCGGGCGGAGGUGCGCAGGGCGGCUAACGACGAGCAGCUCUGCACUAUUGCGGAAAACGUUUUUGGCCCUAACACUUGGCAGGAGUGGUCGCGCGAAGGACGACGUCCCUAUCCCCUUCUUCCCAGGAUCAGUCCGCAAACUGCGCUCAGUAUCGUGGCCAACGAUCUGGCGGCCAAAGCAUGUGAGGAGAACGCCAAAUUGGCGACUCCUGCCGAAACGGCCAUCCAUUUUGGAGAAGCCCUCGUGGAACAGGCCUCGCUGAUGAGCCUGAAAUAUCCCCGGAGUGGCAGGAACCAGGAUCCCGCGAUGGUGAUCUUGGAAGAGCCGUUUAAAGUACCCGAUGUACCCAACGAAGUCAAGAAGAUGACCCAGAAACGCAAGGAGAACGAGAGCGGAUUGGACAGCAAACCCAACAAGAAGAGGCACAUGCAACAGCCAAAUCCGCAGCAGUCACAUCUGGCGAUUCCCCAGCAUCAGCAACUGAGUCCCUCGAAUCCCGCGAUGGAGGAGGGCGACUCUGUGCCCCUGGAAAAGCGACUGAGCCCGCGGACGAUGCAGCAACGCUACUUCUAUCAGCAGCAGAUGAGGCACAAGCAGCGGUUGGCCAGCAAACGUAACCUGGCCAAUAACCUCGGCUCGCCCUCCUCGCAGACGGGCAGUCCAUUGGGCGGCAGGAGCGUUUCCAUCGGGGGAGAAUCCUCGCCCGGAAAGAGGAUAGCAGCACCGGCCAAGAGUGGUCGGCGGGCACAGAAGCAACUGCAACAACAGCAGCAACAAAAGUUGCAACAACACCAGCAACAGAAAGUAUUAAUGCAGUCGCCGGAGGCGGUGCACAAUCACUUGACGGUGCAGCCGCAUGUGGAGUACGUGCUCGAUGAGGCGCUCAAGACGCUGGCGGCCAGCACGCCUCCACCGCCCGCUUCCACAGCCACGCCCCCGCACAUCUUCCUUCCUUCCUCACUGGUCACAUUGAAGCCGCUAAAGCCCAUAAAACCAGUGGUCUACGGGCCGCAAAGUGGAUCGGGAGCCGCUGAAAUAGGCUCACCCACGACGCCAGGUGCUCGGGGAUUUGCCAACUCGCCGAUAGUUUUCAAGGAGAAACUCCAGGCUUCUCCGGCUCAGGUGCAAACUCAAGGUGCAAAUCCCAGUACCCCCGUCAAGAAGUACGUGGUGGAGGAGAGGCAUCCGGACACGCCGCCAUCUGCCGCCACUACGCCCACUCCCAUUUCCACCGCGAAUCUUCCUCUGGCUCCGCAGAUCAUCAGUGUUCAACAGAUCCCAGCCCCGCCAAUGGGCGCCAAACUGCGGCCGGCUGUGGCCUCGCCAACCAGUUCCGCCAACACCGCUCUCCUGCCGCCGGGCUCCAAGAUCACGCCCAAGAAAUUCAAUCUCCUGGAAGGCGAUGCCAAACCCAAAACCUUGCCCAGCUCGGCGGUCCGACUGCUGCCGUACACGGAACCCAUUGGCGGUCCUCUGUCGCCGCUUAAGGAUUCCCGGGUUACUCCCUUAAGUAGCGCCUCCACAGUUAAUAUCAUUAAGAAUAUUCCGGCAAGCAGUUUGAACAACACACUGAUCACACCGCUGCCCCCAGCCGGAACCACAGUACCGGCCAGUGUUUUCAGAGCGAAGGUGACCGCACCGCCAGUGAAAGCAAGUGCUGGUGGAUCGGUGGGUGGUGCAAGUGGAGCUGCCACAGGAGCGGCAGGAGCAGGGGGCUCGGGAACUGCGCCCCAAAUACUGGGGAACAUCAAGCUGACCAGCAGCUCGGGAGGAGCGGCAACCAUCAAGCAGGUGCCCAGCAGCGCCCUCCGCAACAUAAAGAUUUGCUCACCGAACGGAAAGGUAUUUCUGCAGCCGGGAAAACUGCCAGCUGGGAGCAUCAUUCACAAGCUGAACAAUGCAAGCAGCACCUCGGGAUCCGGGACUGGGGGAGUGGUGACCAGCACCACCACAGCUGUCUCGCCCACCAAUCUGCCGGCGCGAGAGCAGAGGAUCAGCAUACAAAAGAUGCAGAUACUCCAGCCGGCCAGUGCGAGUGCGAAUAGCGGAGGCAGCAGUCCGACGACCACCACUACCACCGUUGCCGGCUUGAGUUCGAGUGCCAAGCAGCCGGGUGGGGGCGGCAAGCCCACCACUCUGACCUUCGCCACUGCUGGCGGUGGUAAGAACAACCUGGUUUUCCUGCCGGCGAGCGCGGCGAGUGGAAUGCGGGCGCUCACGCUGGCCGCCAAGCCGAAGUCCAAUGUGCUGGUCAUCGGUGCAACCACUUCCCCGGCGCCCGCGGCCAGCGCCUCGUCUCCCAAUCCGCCGGGCGGAGCGAAGCCGAAACCCAAUCAGCUCAUCACCGAGGACACACCCAUCGAUAUUAUCAAUAUGCCCAUCAUUGUGGCGGACAAUGGAACCACAACGGAGCUGAACCAGUCCUCGGUCAAGAACUCUCCCCUGGUGGUGUUCAAUGCCACGGACUGGGAAAUGGAGCUCGAUCAGGCGGCCACCAAGUCGGCCAGCACGCCCUCGAAACAAGCGCUGGACGACGAUGUCAUAAUCGAAGAGGACGAGGACCUCGAGGAGGAAAUGCAGGAGCGGAGUGAGCAAGCAUCUACCAUGGACCUGAACAAUAGCAUUAUUGAACUGCAUCCGGAGGAUGACAGCGCCAUCGAGUACGUGGACAUGGACCUGGAGCAGCCCAUCGAGAUCGAGAGCACCAGCAACAUAUCGCCGGAGACGGCCACCACCACGCUGAAGGCCUAUGUCUCUGCUUCUGCGCAGCAGCAAAAGAAGCCAUUGGAGCAGCCAGUUGGAGCAGGAGCAGCUGCCCUGUAGAUCGGACAUCCGAUCACCAAUUAAGUUACCUUAAACGAUUCCCCAUUUCGAGAGUUUCGAGUGAGAGAACGCACACACACACACACACACACGCCCAGCAGACCCGGUUUUGAAUUAGAUUUAUUUAGUAGUUUAGCGUCAAUGUCGAGAGUUUUUCUUUUUAGUUUUAGUUACCGCUACCCGCAGCCUUGGAGCAAAGUGCAAGAUUAUCGUAAACAGUUCUCUAUGCUUAUUUGUGGAGCCUAAGUUAAAGAUGAGCGUUAUUUUCGCAAUAGUUAAGUUGCCAAAUCACACCAACCACUACUGUUUUAAACAUAUUAUCGUAUAGUGAAAGGUACACCCUGGAAUUCGUGUUAGCUCUAGUUUAUCACUUCAUUUCAUCCGCCUGCAGUCUUCGGAGCCUGGAAUCGUUCCCCUUCUCUCCUGUACAUAGGGCAGAUGCCUCUGCAGACUAACCCCGAUUUUGUAUAGCCUGUAAAUAUAGUCCUCACUUCGCCCCCCAUUUUUUGCCUAGCAUAAUUUCGCUCUAGUUUAGUUGCCUAAGCUCAUCCCAGAAAUGAAAGAUUGUACACAACAAAAUUCGAGAAUCAAGAAAAUAAGUGAGAAAAUUGUUUAAAUGUUCACCUUGAAAGAUUUCUUAAUUGUAUGAGAUUAUAGACCCUAGUUGACCCAAUCCGAACAUGUAAAUAUCAGAUGAAUUUCGAAAUGCAAACCUUAUAUCGCAUAUAUAAAUAUACAUAUGUAUAGACACCUAGUUCGGCUAAGAAGCACACACAUGUUUAAAGGAAAGAGAACUCAUGCCACACACACAAAAAACAGAUGAUUACCCAUUAACGAUUUAUAGAUGUUAAGUAUUUUAUGCGUCGAUUUUGUAAAUCCAAAUCUUAAGAAAAAUGUUGUACUUUUAGACCAAGCCCAAAAUGAAAAGCAAACGGAAACACCAUCUUAAAUCAGAGAAUUCCUCCCCUCCACAGAAAUGAGCAGAAAAAUCUAAUACAAAAAUAUUGUUGAACGAUGCGUGUCGCUGUAAAAUUUUUAGCAUAGAAAUUUUAAACGAAAUAAAUUUAAAUGUAAUAAA